AUGCCGGAGACGGAUAGAAACGACUGUAAAGUCUGCCGGCGAUCGAACAACCUGGACAACAUGGUGUUCUGUCCACGGUGUGAAGAAUGGUAUCAUUACCAAUGCGCUGGGGUGAAUGAAUCUGUUGCGGAUCGAAGCUGGGUGUGUGGUAAUUGCUCGAUUCUGCCACCCAUCGAUCCACCUGGGCAAACAAGCACUCCGGUGAGUAGUGUCCCAUCUGUAGCGACGACACCUUCUGCCGGUCUACCGUCAAUCGCGACCAGUGCACCACUCGGGUUGCCACCACCAGGAAUGUCGACUGCUGCACAGGGUCUGGAAAACCCAAGACAGUCGAUCUUAACAGACCAGGCAAGGGCUAGCCUUCAGUGGAUUCAGGAACAGCGUGAAAACUUGGAGAAGGAGAUGGAAGAAAACCAUAGACAAGAAAUGGAACGGAAGCGGCAGGAAUUGAGGAAGCUUGCCAAUAAAGCUAUGUUAGGCAUCGUUGACAGAACGCAUGAAGGCAUUGGGAACAGCUUGUGUGGACAGUCUGCAGCGGCGGGAGCCAAUAAAGUGCAGAACUGGAUGCAACAGAUGGUCGGCGAAAUGAGGAACCUUUCGAUUGCUCAACCGAGCGGAAGGGCAGAGGAAAUUAUUUCGGCUGCACCUACGUUUGACAUCAGUUCCUUUCUGACCACUUCAGGUACGUCUGUGCACGGACUUGACCCAAACCCGUCGUCAACUAUCCACGGAUCGCAAGAAAAGAAGUUGGACCCGCUGGACACUACUGAUUCGCACAUUUGCAAACCGCUUGCAAAUCGAUCACUGCCAGAUCAUUUCCUACAAGAGGAACUAAGUAUCUUCAUCGGACCCAGCAAUAUGAUGCAGAAUAAUGGCCGCAACAACAACAAUUACAACCGCAACAGCAACAACUACAACCAAAACGAUAACAAUUACAAUCACAGAAAGACGAACGAAGAGGAAAAUGGCCUUAGAAUGGAAGUAGAAAAAUACAAGAGGUUAUGGAAAGAUACGGAAGAGAAAAUGCUUUUGAUUGCAAACACUUACCAACGGGUAAUAAAAUCACUCUUAAAGCAAAAUAGCGAUGCUACUAGCAAUAAUAAGACAGCAAUGGAGGCAGAAAAAUACAAGGAAUUAUGGGAGCAAUCAGAAGAAUCAAAAGCUCGAUUGGAAAAACUGUAUCAACGUGACAUAAAAGACCUUUAUGACGAUAGGCGGGAUGCUGCUAACGAUAUGGCUGCAAAAGAAAAGAAAUUUGUUAACAAGUUGAAAGCUUUGGAAGCUAAGCUGAGCAAUGAGAAAAUAUUGAAUGAAACAUUAAGCCAGGAAGUCACUAUGCUGAAGAUGCGAGAGGAAGAGCUUGCUUUAUCGGUUGCUGAGAACAAAAAGGCAAUUAAUUCCGAAUUGGAAAGUAAAGAAAGUGAAGUUCGCGAAUUGAAGGUGCAACUCGAAAGCAAUAAGAAGAAUAUGGAAGAAGUGUUGAUAAACAGAGAUAUCUUAAGGAAUGAAGUAAACGAUCUGCAGGACAAACUGGCGGCCACUGAGGAAAAAGUGAAGAAUCUUGAUAGUACGAUAUCCUUGACGGUAACUACUUGCAAUAAACAAAAGAACGAGUUGGAGUCGCAGUUUGUGGAAUUCGAGCAAAAGACUUUGGAUUUGGAAAAGGAGAACCAUAAUAUGAAAACAGUUAUUAUUAGUUUAGAGCAAGAGAAAAGUGACAUUUCUUCAAAGUUUGUGGGAUUUGAACGAAAGAUUUUGGAUCUAGAAAUGGAGAACCUUCGUAUGAAGACGGUUAUUAUCAAUUUAGAGCAAGAGAAGAAUGACCAAUCUUCAAAGUUUAUGGAUUUCGAGCAAAAUAUUGUGAAUCUGGAAGAAGAAAACCAUCGUAUGAAAACUGUUAUCAUCAAGUUGGAGCAACAGAAGAGCGACCUUAGUAAACACUUGCCAGAAUCUAUUGAUAGAUCGGAAAAGCUACUCAAUGAAAAGGAUACGUUGUCAACUAAAGUUCAAGAACUAGAAGAAUAUUCAAAACGUUUCAGUAGCUAUGAAAAAGUUACAAGUUUUAAAGGUCCAAGUGAUAAUUUUUGCGAAAUUAAGGAGAAAACGCAGAACAAAUUGACCUCUUCGCUGAAACAGCUAAAGAAAGCCCAUGCGGAGGAAGCUGUGAGCGAAUACCGCAAUACUAGAACUCGGUUGAAAUUGCAACAGCUACAAGAAACUACCUAUGAUAACGGAAACUUUUUUCAAGAACCCCAAAGCCAAAUCAAACAACAAGAAACUGCUCAUACCAAAGAGGAAGCAACUAUUUCGAAUCUCGAAAAACGGAAAGACUUUAAACCACUGGGUAAUCUUUUAAACGAGAUAGAUUCACUACGAGGUUGUGUCUUUUCGGAAAACUAUGAGUGCCUAACGGAACUCCUGUGGGAUGACCACGGUUGA